AGUAAACAACACAAUAUGCAAUUGACAUUAGGCAGGGACGAAGCCGUAACUCACAAUAUGGGCCUAAUUAUUUAAUAUUUCCAGUCUACUUACCUUCAAGAUAAACUUACCUACACGAUUAAACUUGCAUUAUGGAUCCUCGUAAACAAAUGUUAAAAGACCCAGCUGAAAUGGCUAAAUUUAUUGACGAUUAUGCCAGAGACAACCCAGAAGCCUUUGCUGAGUUUUCUAAAGAAAUGGAAUAUAAUAUGAAGAAUUGUGAAAAUCGUGAAGAAGAAAUUUGUAAAUUACCAAAAGAAGAUACAGUAUGGUUGAUUGUAGAACAACCCACAGAAAAGCUAGAUGGUAAAGAACAAAGAUGUUUAAUAUUAUUAGAUAAAGAAAAACAGUAUUUGGCCUAUCAUAUGGAGGAACUAACAGUCAAAACAUUUAUAAAGCAAUGUUAUUCUUUAGUAUGUUUAGGAUGUCUGUAUCCAUUGUCAGGAAAAUCACGGAGACCAAGAUUGGUCACAUUUAAAGACCCUGAAGUAGCAAGGUCAAAUAUUCUUGAUAUAUCCAAGUUAAAAAUCAGGUACAUUAAUCCGGAUUCUGCAGAUAGAGUUUUGCCUGAUCCAGAAUUGGAAUAUGUGAGAGAAUGUUCUUCAUGUAGAAGAAGGGGUUCUCCUAGUCUGUUUAAAGAAUGUGCUGCUUGUACAGGAUCAGUGUACUGUUCUAAAGAAUGUCAAACUCGUGAUUGGAAGAGGACAGAUGAGCUUAAAGAACAUGGACAUAAAAAAUGGUGUAAAUUGAUCAAAUCCUACAUAGCCAAAACAGAUGAACUUGCAACAUUUCCUUUUACAUUCACUAAAGAAACAACAGAUAAAGAGUUUCAUCAAUAUAGAUAUAAAAAGUUUCUAGAAGAUAGAGGUGUUUAUAAUCAAGGUUUAUGGAGAAGAGAAUGUCCUCUUUCUUUGUCUGAUACUGGACCUUGUAUAUUUGGUCAGCUAUCAUCAGAUGAUAAUCCUUAUAUACUACCAUCAGAGACAGCCAUUUUGUCGUGUAAACCUGAUAAAUCUAUACCAAGUAUUAAAGAACCAUUGAGAGAUUGGCAGACAUACUAUGAUUGGCGUGGUUUUAAACUAGAUUCACCUAUAGCCAUCUUGUUACAUAUACCUAUUACUUUAUAUCAUGUAGUGAUAUUCUACUUUGCUCAACAAUAUAAUGAUCAAUGGAGGCAAAUAGAGUCAGAUGAGAAGAUGAUCAUUCAUAUAUUAGGAGUUGAAAAAGAGGUUGAAAUGUUGAUGGUAUUUCAGGAAUUCGGUUAUUUAUUGCCCAAUAUUGAAUUUGAAAUACAUAUGUUUGGAGUGGAACUUCAUGAUACUGUUAAUAAUACUAAUAAAAAUUAUGGUAAUAUAAGUAUUACUAUACAUAAACAACUAUAUCAUGAUUAUAAUGGUGAUAAACCACAUUUAGCUAUUGGGUUUAAUGCUGGAAUUAGUGCUUAUUUAAAUUGGGGAGAUACUAUCAUUAAAUUGAAAAAUGAAAAUAUACCCAGUUAUUUUACUGAUUAUUGUCAGUAUAGUUGUGAAUGUUCUAGAAGAGCUUUAUCAAGUGUAUCAAUAACUGCUGAACCAACCCUUAUCAAUCCAUUCCGUAAUCCUGUCAGGAAAAUAUGUACUGAGAACAAUAUGCCUUGGUAUAGUAAUGGCUUUAUUUUCAAACUUAAUUAUACUGAGGAAGCUGAAAGGUAAAGAGUUGCCAGAAUUGACAUUCUAAGAAGGACUUUUUUCUAAUAAGCAGAAUUACAGUCCAAGUUUUAUUUCAGUUUUCAUAAUCAGAGGGGGCAGCAAGUUUUUCGGGCAAAAUCUCAAAACUAGGUUAGAAAUAAAUAGAUAGAGAUAAACUAAAUAAAGUCUUUGAAUGGCAUUUAGCAUAAAACUUUAACCAGU